AUAUAUUGUGCGCUUAGCAGGUUUUCGCGCUUCAGACUUUUCAAGUUACUUAUGUCGUGCGUGGUGAUCUUCAAUGUAAUAAGUCAUUUCUCUAUGAAACUUUUGCUUAUUAGUUUAAUAAGCUUGUUUGACGUCAUUUUUUUCCUAACAAUGUAACUGAUUCUGUGCGGAGUGUCCUGUUAUCGUGUAUGAACUGUAUGGUGUUUUUUUGGAUAUUCGAUUUCAUCGUUCUCUUUGAUCGGAAAAAUGAGUGAUUCUUGGCGGCCUUGGACAAAGGCAAAAGGAGCCGACCCACGUACACCCCUUGAUCAGUUACAUCCAGAUGGACAUCAGGUGAUGGAGAGAGAACCUCUAUUCGACAGUGAUAUACUUGCCCUGGAGUGGUCCUCGGACAACAGCUCUACGCCUGAUUCGUGUGACUCGCCUGAAGGAUGUUCUUGUCCCUCGCCUGGAGGAUGUUCCUCGCCUAAAGGAUGCCUCUCUCCUGAAGGAUGCCUCUCUCCUGUCUUAAUGAAGGAUGCUGCGACUCAAACAGACAGCGAAACCUAUGAACUCGCCUUGCACGCAUUUCCAUACGUUUGUCGUCUCUGUCCGCGCCGGUUCGAGACUAAAAUAAAUUUGAUCUUCCACGAAGCUAUGCACACAGGUCCGGAAGAAAGUACUGCCACUCAACCGGUGACGCAUGGCGUUUGUGAUGAUACACCCAACAAUCAAAAAGAGACGCAAACGAAAAAAAUAUGUUUUUCUCCCAAAGAAUGCUCUGUAAUAUUAGAAAGAGUUACAGAAAGUCCAAGUAAUGCGCGAAGGGAAGAAUCGCACUCCCCGCCCCAGCAAUGUGUAGUAAGAGUGGAAAGAAUGAAAGUUCCAAUGGCCGUGGUGUCCUGUGGUAACAGGAGAAUAAAGUUUUUAUGUGAGCAGUGUUCGGCAUCAUUUAGCGAGCAAGCUAAAUUGCAUUCUCAUGUUCUGCAGGCGCAUAUGACCAAAUCAGGUUACAUGUGUGAUCAUUGCUCCAAGUGUUUUCGAAAAAAAAGUCUUUUGAGCAAGCACAUCAUAUCGCACAUGGAUGUGAGGCCUUUUCUGUGUAAUUUUUGUCCGGCGCAAUUCAAACGGAACCGCAAUCUGCGGAGACACAUUCGCGAUAUUCAUGAAAGGAAGAACGAAGUUAAAGCAAGUUACAGUUACACGUGUGAUCAUUGCUCUAAGUGUUUUCGAAUAAAAAGUGAUUUGAGUAAGCACAUCAUAUCGCACAUGGAUGUGAGGCCGUUUGUGUGUAAAUUGUGCCCGGCGCAAUUUAAAAGGAACUACAAUCUGUUAGGACACAUCCGCAAUACUCAUGAAAGGAAGAACAACGUUAAAGCAGGUUACACGUGUGAUCAUUGCUCCAAGUGUUUCCGAAUGAAAAGCCGUUUGAGGGAGCACAUCAUAUGGCAUCACAUGGAUGUGUGGCCUUUUGCGUGUAACUUUUGUCCGGCGGAUUUUAAACUGAACAGCAAUCUGCGGAGACACAUCCGCGAUGUUCAUGAAAGGAAGAACAAAGUUAAGUGAACUCGGAACAAAUCUUAAUGCAUUUUUCUUCCAUUUAAGUAUCCACGUAGUCGGAUGAUACAUAACUAGUUUUUAGGCAGACUUUAGUAUUUUAGGUAUAAAUUUCUUUAAAGAAUGUUUGUGAUUGUAUGCUUAUUUAGUGUGCUGUAUUUGUAAUUUGCAUGUACCUAUUUUUGUUUCAUGUCAUUUCUACUUUUACGUAUUGUUUACGUAAUUUUCUAGUAUAAUG